AAGUUUGUUCACGAGCUCCAAUUAGUUCCAGCCUGUAGUUUCCUGCAGACGAUGAAACACAGGUGGAGACGGUUGUGUUAAUGUGGAGAAAAGAAAAGAAACUAAAAAUAUCAGCAUGCAUCAGCGAUUUUCACCGAGACAAACCGGGGGUCAUCCCCUCGACCUUUACUCCAACCUGGACCGGUUUAAAUAUACAGUAUGCACAACGUCAACCAUUACGCUCUCUCUCACACUCACACACACACACACUCUCUCUCCCUUUCACUCUCUCUUUCUCUCUCCCUCCCUUCUCCCAGUGCGCAGAUGUGUGAGCAGCAGCGGAGGGCUGACUGCUGAGCGCCAAACCCAAACUUUUUACGCACAGCGCUGCCUCCUCUCCCUCACCCCUCACUCUCCCUGCCUCUCCUCCUCCCGAGCGGCGGCUGCAACGUUCGCCUCACUCACCCCAGGUGUCGGUUGAUUCGGGGUCGAUCCUUUUGUCCAUGCACAGACUUGGACUGACUCAAUUCCUCGUUUCCGCAUUCUCAGAGCCGCGGUGCGCACUGCAGACUCGGAGGACGGCUCCUCGGUGUGAACAGACAAACCGGUUUCUCCUGCUCACCUGCUCCACUCCUGCUGGCGCUGCGUUAUGUUUUUGUCCACAGCAGCAGAGAGAAGACGGAACCGGAGCAGUGACCGGCUGCGGCUCUCAGGCUUCACGAGGCCGUUUUCGGCAGACUGAGAAAGCCUGGAGGCGCCGCUUCUCUUCUCUCUUCCAGUCGAACCUGCCGCCGCCGCCGCGCUCCUUAAUGAGCCGGGAUGGAGAACUGCUGUCGCUCGUGUAUGCCGUGUUGCAGCCGGCUCUGGAACUGGAUCUGGCCAGAAUUCCGCUACCCAAACGUCUCGAAUCACAACCAUGUCAUUGCCAACCCGGCGGCUCAAACGACCGAGAUCCGCACCGUGUCCGGCGACAUCCGCGUCCCUUCGCCCAAGAAGCGGCAGGUGCAGCUGUACGCGGCGCUCUUCGACUUCGAGGCCCGCAGCGACGACGAGCUGACGGUGAGGGAAGGGGACAAACUGUCGGUGAUCGAGAAGCGAGGGGAGUACGUGCUGGCCAAGAAGCUGACCGGCUCUCUGGAGUCCGGGCUCAUCCCCGCCAACUACGUGGCUCUGCUGCAGGACGAGUUCGCCAAACACAAGUGGUACUACGGGAACAUAAACAGAGUGAAAGCGGAGAAGCUUCUCCUUGCGUCCCAAAACAAAGAUGGAUCAUUUCUGGUUCGCAUCAGUGAAAGUCACAGCGAUGAGUACACCAUCUCUGUGCGGAGUGAGGGGAAAGUGUACCACUUCAGGAUUCAACGCUCCACCAUCGGCGCGUACUUCGUCUCAGAUAAAAUCUCCUUCGCCACACUGGGAGAGCUCAUCGCCUACUACCAGAAAAACCCCCGCAGCCUGGGAGUCCUGCUGGAGGAGCCAUGUGCCCAGCAGCGGGAGCUCUUCGACAUGGAGCCGUGGGAACGACCUCGAGAGGAGUUCAAGCUUCACAAGAAGCUGGGAGAGGGUCACUUUGGAGAGGUGUGGGAAGCUGUGUGGACCACGGAGAACAGGAAAGUGGCCAUAAAGAUGCUGAAGCAAGAGGACACGAAGCAGGACGAGUUUGUGAAGGAGGUUCAGGCGCUGAAGAGUCUCCACCACCCCAAACUGAUCCAACUGUUGGCCAUGUGCUCCAGAGGAGAGCCGGUCUACAUUGUGACUGAACUCAUGACCAAAGGAAGUCUCAAGUCCUACCUCACCUCUCCUGAAGGUCAGGUGCUGACAUCGGCUCAUCUCAUCUACAUGGGCAGUCAGAUCGCAGAGGGCAUGGCCUACCUGGAGGACAGGAACAUAGUCCACAGAGACCUGGCUGCCAGGAACAUUCUAGUAGGCGACGAUCUGGUCUGUAAGGUGGCCGACUUUGGAUUAGCUCGGAUAAUUAAGGACAGCGUGUACACAGCCAGUCGAAACACCAAAAUACCCGUGCGGUGGACAGCACCAGAGGCAGCAAUUUACCAGCGCUUCUCGGUGAAAUCAGACGUGUGGUCAUUUGGGGUACUGCUGUACGAGAUGAUGUCACGUGGCAAAAUGCCUUAUGAAGGAAAGAGCAAUAAGGAGGUUCUGGACCUGCUGUCGUCUGGAUUCCGGCUGCCCUGUCCAUCACGCUGUCCUCAGAAUAUUUACCGCAUCAUGAUGGACUGCUGGGCAGCCGAGCCCUCCAAGAGACCCUCCUUCCACGCUUUACACAGCCAACUGGAUUCGAUCUAUGCCAGGAUAUAUUUUAAGACUAUAGAGGUAUAGGAUGAGGCGUGACACAUGGAGGGGGAAAAACAUCGAGGUGACAUCAGUGGAAAGGACGUCUGAUACGUGGCGACAACAGCAUACACCAAAGUGCAAUGAAUGAGAUAAUGAGAUAAAACGCAAAGAGUUGCACCAGGGCUGGACACACAGGAGCCAACGGAGACAAACUGUAAAUAGUCCUUGUCAAAUCAAAUGAGAAGGAAAGAAAGAGUCUUAAAGACACGGACUGAAAACAGCCUGAGAGGAGUGUGAAGACACGCAGCAGUGAACUCCUUCCUAAAAAUAAAACCCUACUCACUGACACACUGAGCACAGGCACAGCAGAGACGCUUUGGAGUUUUAUAACCUGCUGUUUUUAUAUGAUAUUUGGUCACUCCUGAAUGUGCCAUGUCUGUAAAUAUGCACAAUUUGGAAUGUUAUGAAAUCGCAGGUCGGGACUUUAGCCGACCGCCUUUUAUUUGGAUUGCAGAUCUAGUGCUAAAAUUGAGGUUAUGUGCAAUAAAGAAAUGCUUGUUGGACUUUCUGAGCCAUGCUGGGGGCCGGUUGCUAAGGAUGCUAAUAGUCUAACUUCUCUGCUAGCGAAGCUUGGUAUUUCUCCUGCUGUGCUUCCAUUAACCUACAGUAGCAACAAUAGUCCAAAGUAGCACCAUCAAAGUAUGCGGAUACUUCGGUACGUCGAUCUGUAAUCAAAGUUAUCCAAAAUAUCUGCAGGUGUCCUUCCUAGUGAAGAGCAGCUGUUUACAUUAAGCCACUAGUUCAACUGGGAACCUCAUUAUAUCUGAAUAGACUUUGUUUGUUUCCUAAAAACGUGCUGCAGCUUCAACGCUAGCGCACAUGCAAAUGUCAUCAUGCUAAUUAGCUGGCCAUUGUUGCAGCCACUCAAAAGUCUCGCACAUCAGGUACAUUAGGUAAGACUGCGCAGUCCCAGAUCCACAGGAUAGUUACUGUCUAUGUCCAACAUAGAUGUUGAAUCAUCAUAUGAUGCAAAUGAACCUUGUCAACCCCCUCAGGCUAAACUUGAUGUGUUGUGUUUGGUAUAAAAUGAAAACCAAAGUGAAGGGCUAUUUAACAACAAUUUGAUCAAAUUGAUGUUUUUACAUCAUAGAGUUUUUAUCCUUAGUCCAAAACUACAUCUGGAAACUCGUCCUGAUACUGGAUGUUCUAUUGAUGAUGUCACAUUGCCAGAGUUUGAAUUUUUUUUUUUGUUAUACAAAAAAUACAAACAAAUACAUUGGCUUCACCGAGUCAUCAACCGUGCCACGAGAUUUUCAGCCAUCUGUGUUGAUUGAAUUGAUGUACGAAUGAAACUCUACCCUAUUGGCUACAGAACAGGUUUUCACACCUGUGGUUAUCUCUAGGUGGCAGUGUAAAUAAAUGUACAAAAGUGCCAGUCUGAAACAGACUGUGUCAGACACAGACAAGAUCACAGUUUUUAUGACUUGAAAAUAUGCAAAAUCCAUAUUGCGACUUUACAAAUGACACCUGGAUGCCAUCCCCCAUAAUUCAUUGUUGUCCAAUUUCCUACAACAAAAAAAGCAUUACUUACAGAAUGAACAUCGCGUUCCACUGAUGAACACCUGAAACUACCAUAAAUAUCUCAGGAAAUUGUUGACUGAUGUUGUAGUUGACUGAAAAAUCUCAUCGUCUUCCAUUUUUUUCCUCAACUACCGGAGCUAAAUUAUUGGCCACCUAGUAGCUAGGUCUAUUUUCUAUCUGUGACAAUCCACGGUCUGAACUAAGUAAAAAAAAAAAAAAACACCUACUGUUGCAUCGUGUUACACUUCAACUAACUGGUUCAUAUCCCAGGGCUCCCAGCAUGGCCGUGGUUCUUUAUCUGUCAUGUACAACUAACUUUUAGUAUUUCGUUGAGCCCACACUCUGUUACAGGGACUUGAUGUCAGCGUCUAUUACAGCUGGAGACAAAAACUGUCUCCAUCCUCAUGUGACACGUUGUAUAGUGUCUGAGCCCAUGCUUGAAAAGCCAACUGUAUGUGUCCAAACCCUAACAGUUUAGGCCUCGUCUACAGGCCCCUGAUGACGACCAGUGGUAACGACCCGCAGCGAUUGUUUACACCGUGGACAGUUCAAUGACGAUGACGAACCAAGAACUCUGAAACUGUGUUUGACAUGUUCCAGGGUUUGACUUCUGCCACAACAAAAGACACUAACGUGUCGCAAUGCAAAUCAGAACAAUGCUACUGUGCUUCAGUUUUGUUUUGGUUUUUUUAUGCAUGACCUUUACUGCAGAUGAAGCCAAGUUCAGGAAAUGUGAGCCAUAACUAAUGAAUGAAACCAAUCAACAUCCAGUAUUGUGUCUGUGGCUGUGUGUCAUCUGGUUCCAGUCUCCAGUAAUGAGAAGAAUAAAGUAUUUUGGACUUUGUUUGCCAACAAGUCUGUUUAAUCCUAA